AUGUCUUCCGGGAAUUACAAUAUGGCGCGUGCGUCUCUACCUGCACUUUCCCAAAUCAUCGGGCUUGAACCAGAAAAAGAGCCUUGGUGUGCUGGUUACGCAAAGUCCCAAGGUCGGCGCUGCCAUAACCAGACGAACGCCCAUGGCCGCAGCCGCGCCAUGCAUCUUCUGAGUCAAGGCACUCAAGCGCUUCGUGCUGGGCAGAGUAUCGAGGACAUACUCGAAGAUCUCGCUCCUUAUGUCCUAUGCAAACGUUGGCAUCAGAACCAGGCCUCGAAUCUCGUUACUCGUUGGGAGAAACAAGUUUGCUCCUUCCUACGCUCUCAAUCUCCUCCUCCGUCGCCCAGGAGACAGUCCAGAGAUACUUCCGUCUCAGAGCCAUUGAAUGCUCGCCGAGAAACCUCGGAAGAGCGAUGUUUGAGGUUGGAGACGAAGAUCUUGGAAAUGGAAAGAAUGCUCGCACGCCUUCAAAAUGCUCAUCACAAUUCGGCUGUGCCUGAUAACACCCGACACAAUGCCACCGCACCUACUCGUACUCCCAGCACCGAUCCUGGCUACACCCUUGAUGCAAACUACCAAGGCCCAAGAGCCCGCUCGAGUGGCCACACAGAUCAGACACCGCGGGGGAGCGGAAUACUAUCGCCCGUUUCAAGACAGCAAAGUACCAGUACGACAAGCACUCAAGCGGUACGACUUGCAGGAUCAAUUCGUGGCCCUCCGGAGCGGGUGCGAAGUAGAGAAGCCAUAAUCCAGCCGACAGCCACACAAGAGGUGUCCAAUACAACGAUGACGGAAGCAGCACGUCCACAAGCAUCUCUUCGGAUGUCUAAUGUCCAAUCGCGCGGAACGACGCCACCACAUGUCCAUUCUAGAAGCCCUCCUCCUAGGGCCGUUCAAAGAAGAACUGAACAAGCCGUUGCUUCUGUCGCUCGCCCUCCUAUUCCUACUCGUCGGACUGUUGAAGGAGAUUGUGGAAUUUGUCUGUGUGCGCUUCAAGAGGGCGCCGACGAUACCAGUGAUGCGGGGGAUGAGACAGACAAUGAAGACGAGCAUACUGGAGAUGAGGAGGAAAGAUACGAAGAUCUCGUGUGGUGCAAAGCUCAGUGCGGAGUCAACUUCCACAAGACGUGCAUGCAUCAGUGGUUGCAAACAGCUCCUAGGACGACGUGUCCUGCAUGCCGGAGAGUCUGGAGGGGAUGA